AUGGGCUGGGGUGGCGAUGCAGUGCUUGCCCGGCGGGCAUCCUGCGCGUGCUCGGCGGCGCUCGAUGUGCGCAGGUGGCGGUGGAGGGGGAGCCGCCUGCAGGGGGCUCAGCGCAACGCCGGCGGCUACUACUGCGAAGAGGAAGAGGAGGAACUGGCGCCGCUGGAGUCCAAGGGCCGGCGGGGGGUGACGGCCCAAUGGCGCGGCAUCUGGCGGAGGAUUGUCGGAGGGAGGACGGCGCCGCCGUCCUACGACGAGGAAAGCUAUGCCCAGAACUUCGAGGACGAGGGCGGUGCCUGGGAGGAGCCGGAGUUUCUCCCAAGGUCCUUCUCCGCCGUGUACGCCAACCCCUCCGGAUUCCUGACGAGGUUCGCACGAUGA